AUGGCCAAACCCAUCCCCGAAACCCACCUCCUCCACCCCCGCGACCCCUCCACCUCCGACGGCGAAUGGCCCGAAUUCGAACUCACCAAUGUCUUCGUUUCCCAUCCCUCAUCGCCCUCCACUCCCGCCUCCCUCCUUACCGCCAGUGUCGGCCACCCGUUGACCGUGACCGGGCACCUCGCACCUCUAGAUCGCAACUAUGCACACCUCUAUCUCCGCUCGCCCCUCACAAAACGCACCACCAUCGAACUCACCGAUGUCAUGACUUUCUCGUACGGAGAGGACGACGCUGGGUAUCCAGUCUGGGCGGCGGGGAAAGCGGGUUGGUUUAGGAUACGGCCGGGAAGGGCGUAUCGCGCCACAUUCGCGGAGAUGGAACGCGCGGUCGAACUGUGGUACUUCAUCGCGGACGCGUAUCGCGAAGAGAGGAAGGUGGGGAAAGGGAAGAAAGCGGUGGCACUACCGGACUACACCGCGGAGGAGCUGUUUGCGAAAUAUGCGGGGGAGGUGUUGGAGGAUGAGGGUGAUGUGGAGGGAGCCAGGGAGAGAUUCGUGGAGCAUCGCGCGUUUGUGAUGAGUUGUAUGUUGGCUGGCAAGGAGGGGUUGGAGUGGAAACGGUUGCCGUUGUGGGAGUUUAUGAAGAGGAAGUUUCCCGAGGAGUUUGAGGAGUUGAAGGCGAGGAGGAAUGGGAAGGUGGAGAAAGGGAAGAAGAAGAGGCAGGACUCCAUGGACACGACUUCUUCAACAACGAGUAUGGUGAAGAGGAAGACAGCAAGGGCGAAGAGUGGACUGAGUAAUGCUGUGGAGGUCAUAAAUCUGGACGACAGCGACACCGUGCCUGGGCAAGCAACCCCUGCCGGCAUCCGAGGACGAUGA